GCGCAGCCCGGCCAGUUCGUCCGGCUGCGCGCCCAAGCGGCGGGCGCCGCCCCGCCGCCCGCGCAGGCGCAGCAGCAGCAGCAGCACCACUUCUCGGCGCACCAGCCGCUGGUGCGCACGCAGAGCGUGGCCUUCGCCAGCCAGCCGAGCGCGCCGCCCUCCGCCCCCGGCGCGGCCGAGCUCCACAACUCGCUGCAAGGCGACGGUGGCGCCGCCCUGCCUCCCACGGCCCUGCCCCGCCCCCGCGGCCGCUCCGAGGACGGCAGCGCGCACCAGCAGAUCCUCCUGCAGGACGAGCGCCAGAAGCUGUUCGAGCAGAUCAAGGACUACAACCAACAGCAGCUGCUGCAGCAGCAGCAGCAGAAGCCCCAACAGCCGCCGCCAGGACCCGCCUUCCCUCUGGAGCAUCGCGCGGUGGGCAGCGAUGGCGGAGUCGAUGAAUCUCCCCUCCCGCCACCAUCCGACCUCAACGACAACCCCCUCAAAGCUCAGGACACCCCUCGCCCCAAGGCCAACCCUCUGCGCCAGCAGCAGCAACAACAGCAGCUGCAAGCCCAGCUGCAGAAGCAGUUCCAGCUGCAGCUGCUGCAGCGCCAAGAGCUCAUCCGCCAGCUGAAGCAGGCUCUGGCCAACACCCCGGCGCCCACGCAUCGUCGAAGAUCUCGCACAGCGCCCGCGGCGCGCCUCGGAAACUCCGGCCGCUGUUCUACGCACGGCCAGCAGCUGCAGAUCUUCGACGCGCCUCAGCAGCGGGUGCCAUCGCCACAACUCCGGUGGCCGCGCGGUCGAUGA